GUUACCGGACGUAAAGCUGUGGGUAUUGUUCAUGUGCUUUAUGUUGACAAGAAAUAGUAUUUCUAAUAAACACUGAAUUUUAAGACUUCGUCGAGGAUAUUCACGAACGUCUGAAUCGAUCAUGUCUGACAACGAAGACAACUUUGAUGAUGGAGAUUUCGAUGAUGGCGAGGAGGAUGAAGGAUUAGAUGAUCUGGAAAACGUGGAGGAUGAUGAUAAGGAGAACGUGCAAAUCCUGCCUGCAGGAGAGGGUCAGCAGGCAAACCAGAAAAGAAUCACAACACCAUACAUGACAAAGUAUGAGAGGGCCAGAGUCCUGGGGACGAGAGCUCUGCAGAUAGCGAUGUGCGCUCCAGUCAUGGUGGAGUUGGAGGGAGAAACAGACCCGCUGCAAAUAGCUAUGAAAGAACUAAAGAGCAGGAAGAUCCCCAUCAUCAUCCGCCGGUACCUUCCUGAUGGAAGUUACGAGGACUGGGGCUGCGACGAGCUCAUCAUCACAGAUUAAAGCGCCGAUCCAGACUGUGUUUGAUGGCUCACCUCCAAAAAUAAGAGUUCACCCUCCUGUUUAUGUCAUCAAAACCUGGAAUGCAUCAUUCAGAUUUUUAAAAAUCUCAUCAUCGGUGUGAAAUUCAUGGGUUUGAAAUCCUGUUAAAAACUUGUUUUUUGCAUUCCACAAAGUCUCAGGUACAGUCAUCAGUUGGUGUGUACCAAUGCUUGUCUUUUUGAAGGCUAAAAUUACAACUAAGAGCCACAAGGGGGCAAUACAACUUUACUGUGUCACAAAAUAACUGCAUUGUAAGUACUCAAUUUGUUGUAUUUUUUAGAAGUUUAUGGUUUAAAAAAAUGUGCUUACUGUUAUAAAUAAACUCUUUUGUAU